CACGUUAUGUUUAUGUAAUUCUUACCUAGAUUGAAUCUCUCUUAAACUUUUAAGAGUGGACAUAAGCAACCUAUUACAUCAGCCUUGUCAGUGGGGGUCUGUGCAUAACAUAUUCCGCACUAACCCCAAUCAAGAGCUGAGCUUGCCGGGAUUUCGUGCGAAGGCAGCCUCACAUACGACAGCCUUUCUAUCUGUUUAUCAACUUCCAUCAAGCUCGUUUAUCUUGAGUAACCAAGCUUCCUUAUUCCAUUCUAUUUCUCAAUUUCCCUAUUCCCCUAUUCCCCUUCCUCAAGAUGCCUGCCACGACCGCCGAGACGCUUUCUUUUGUCAACAAAAAUGUUACAGUUGCCCCUCUCGUCCUCCUCUCCGUCGUAGACCACUUUAAUCGGGUAGCAAAGGGCACGCGGAAGCGAGUCGUCGGUGUGCUGUUGGGUCAGAACGAUGGAAAGAAUGUACGGGUAUCAAACAGCUUUGCAGUUCCGUUCGAGGAGGACAGCGAUGAUCCGUCCGUUUGGUUCUUAGAUCACAACUAUGUCGAGAACAUGAACGACAUGUUCAAGAAGGUCAACGCCCGAGAGAAGUUAAUAGGCUGGUACCACUCAGGACCUAAGCUGCGCGCAUCCGACCUUCAGAUCAACGAACUCUUCAAGAGAUAUACGCCAAACCCGCUACUAGUCAUCAUCGACGUCCAACCUAAGGAGUCUGGCGUUCCGACAGAUGCGUACUUUGCGGUAGAGGAGAUUAAGGACGACGGCACAACCACAUCCAAGACCUUCGUACAUACACCUUCCACCAUCGAGGCCGAGGAAGCGGAAGAGAUCGGUGUCGAGCACCUGCUCCGGGAUAUUCGUGACGUAGCCAUCGGUACUCUAUCGACGCGGAUCACAAACCAGCUGCAAUCGUUACAAGGACUACACCUCCGAUUGCGCGACAUUCAAGCAUACCUUCAGAAAGUUCAGGACGGCAAAUUACCAGUGAACCAUGCAGUCUUAGGAAACCUCCAAGAUAUCUUCAACCUCCUACCUAACCUAUCGACACCCAAGCCCGGUGUGGAAGGAAAGAGCGGUAACGUGGGUGAACUAUCUUAUGCGAUGAGCGUCAAGACGAACGACCAGCUCCUUGCCAUCUACCUGAGCAGCUUAAUCCGCGCCAUCACGGCUUUCCACGACUUAAUCGAGAACAAGAUUCAGAACCGACAACAACAGGAAGAGAAGGAGGCGAAGGAGGAAGCUGCCGCGACGGCAGGAAAAGACGAUAAGGAGAAGAAGGAGAACGGCGUUAAUGGCGUCGGGGGUGAGACUACGGAGAAGAGUAGCGACAAGGAAAAGAAGAAAUAGUAGAGCUUUUAUGAGUAGACGGAAUACCAAAUUACUGCAACCCCUGUACAUUAAUCCUCUUUGGACGAGGGCUGAUUUCGAGGUUGGGGAUACCUCAUGCAUGCAAAUCUAUAGAGUUCUGACCAGGGGCUGAUCCCUGACGAGGGCAUCAUUUUAUCUCUUAAGUC